UUUCAGGCCCAUUAUCGGCCCAGAACUCAUCGAAACAAACGUCGUCGUUGGUUCUCCACUGCUAUAAAAAUUGUAACAUUUCAGGGCUAGGGUUUUUAUUGCUAGGGUUUUCAUUCGCAGCUUGAGCAUCUAGCCUCCGAGCUCCGAAGUCGCGAAAAUGCCGUCACACAAGACCUUCAUCAUAAAAAAAAAGCUGGCGAAGAAGAUGAGGCAGAACAGGCCCAUCCCUCAUUGGAUCCGCAUGAGAACCGAUAACACCAUCAGGUACAACGCCAAACGCAGGCACUGGCGCCGCACUAAGCUAGGGUUUUGAGGUGGAAGAGCUGGUUUAAGUUUGAACUCUUCUAAGUGUUAUUUUUUGAAAUUUGACUUUGCAAAACUUGAAACUAGAGUUUACGAUUUGGAAUAUCUAGAUGGGAUUUAAUGAUGUUGUUUAAUUCUGUUUAUUUUGAUAAAUCAAGUGAUGACUUAGAUUUUUGUUCC